AUGUCGUACAAUCGUAAUAAAUAUGAAAAAGCUCGCAGGCGUCUUGCAGCUGUUACUUUCUUAUCUAAUAUUUCAUUAGACGGAUCUUUUAAAGAUACGGAAUUAUGUCAAAUGAUCGAUAAAAAAUCCACAAAAUCAGACAAGUGUGAUUGUGAACCUAAAGUUAUAGACAUUCAAAACCACAAUCACAAAGAUGUUUUGCGUAACAGUGUUCGUGUACGUACAAAAGUGCCUCAAGCUACAAGUCCGGUCCAAAAAAGUGGUGGCGAUAAUCAUUCCUUAAGUUCUGACUCUGAGCCUGUUACAGUAACCCCUGUUAAAGGCGCCACUAAUCAUUUUAUCCGGGACAGGUGUUCUUCUGGCAAUACCGAUUUAUUUAAAGAAAGACAUUCAUCAGUGAGGGGUAGAAAAGGUGCUGGCAUUACACAAGAUGAUAAAAGCAGUUCAGAAAGCUUAAAUUUUGGUCGCUUCAGAACAAGCAGUACCUGCAUUCCAGAAAGCUCUUAUAAUAAAGAAUUGAGAUUAAUAAGGUCAGCCAAAGGGGUAUCAUUUAAAGAUGAAAGAUUAGCAUUUGCACCAGCAAGGGAUGGUGUACCAUGUGUUUUGUUUAGUACUAUCCCAUAUUCAAAAACUAUAAAGAGUGUACGAUCUGACUUAAGAAAAGAAGGUGUGCGCAGGCGUAAUACAUCAGGCCCUAGGCCAUUAUCAGCUAUCACAGACAAUGGAAUGGAUCCAUUUGAUCUUUUAGGAUUGGAGAGAGAAGAAAAUGGACAAGACAUUUCAUAUUCAAAACUUCUCAUACCAUCCAGAAUUUGUACUAGGGAACAGUAUAAAAAGAUGUAUGAAGGAGAUUUUGCUGAUAAAACUACAUGGAAAAUCAUAAAUCGUCAUCCACAUGUUAUUGCAAGGACUAAGUUAUUGACGAGACACAAGGAUAAAAAAUGGUGCUUUUCCUAUGAAUCAUCUCAGCGGUCCACAAUAGCGGCCUCCCCACCACAUUCAUCUAUUGAAACUAAAACAUUUGAUUGGGAUGAAGCUGCAAUAAUUUCACAGAAAUAUGUUCACUACUGCCCCAAUGUGCUCGAUGAUCCUGAACUAAUUGCUGGAAAACACAGAACUCUUCUUACAUUCACCUCAUACAUGACAUCAAUCAUUGAUUAUGUCCGGCCCCAAGAUUUAAAAAAGGAAUUAAAUGACAAGUUUAGGGAGAAAUUCCCCCAUAUUAAGUUAACUCUGAGCAAAUUAAGAAGUAUUAAAAAAGAAAUGAGAAAGAUUGCGAAACACGACACCGGAGGUAUAGAUUUGUUGUCUGUAGCCCAGGCGUAUGUUUACUUUGAGAAACUAAUUCUUGCAAAUCUAAUUAACAAGGAUAAUAGAAAACUUUGUGCCGGAGCUUGUUUGUUGCUGUCCGCCAAGCUUAACGAUGUUAAAGGUGAAAUGCUGAAAUCACUUAUCGAGCGCAUAGAAACAACCUUCAGAGUGAACAAGAAGGAUUUAUUUAAAUUCGAGUUCGCCGUGCUCGUGGCCCUCGAGUUCGGUCUGCACGUGCCGCCGUACGAGGUGUUCCCGCACUACCAACGGCUGCUGCACGACUCG